UAUUUAUUUAAAUGUAUAGAUUUAGUGUCAACCCUUUCUUUGGAAUAUGUGGAGCAGCUCAGAACGGACCAUUUUCCAACUCAAGGCAGUGCAAUUAAAGAAGGGCCGGACAAUAAUUAGACAGCCAAUUAAGCACAUUAUCAAGUGACACAAAGAUUAAUAAUGAAUUAACGUCCAACAUCAAAAUAUUAAUAUGACUGUCACAUUCAAUUUGAGACUCCAUCUGGGUAAAUUUCCACAUGAAUGGGGAAGAAUAUGAAUGUUUGUGGUAACCUAUUGCUCGUAAAAAUCAACAAUAAUUGAUAUGACAGCAUAAUUGAGCCUGUUUGCUUUUUUUCUCAGUAGCCAUUUUGAUUCAUGGAAUUAUAUAUUGUAUAGUAGGCCUACAGGUUAAACAAGGGCUCCCUUAAACAUUAUGGCCAAAGAACUAAAAAUUCAUAGUGGGUUACCUGGGAAUAUUGUUCCGCUUUAAUUGGUUUCCAAAAUAGUAUUCCAUAUUCUACCAUGGUGUCCACAACUAAAAGCUUGUCGCCGCCCACUAGAUUCUGCCUGCCCCCUCUUCACUUCAGACCCCUCCACCCCCCCUUCUAAACUCCAGGCGCAGUCAGGAGCCUCAUUGCGACAGGAGCAGGCUGUAAAGGACCUUAUAAGCCACUCUGGGAAUGGGACCACAAAUCAGAAGCAAGAAGAACUUUGCAUUCUUUCGGGUAUUCCCACUCCAAAGACAUCUGUUCAUUCAAAGGGAAUAAACUUUUUCUCUGAGCAAAGGAAGAAACAGGUGUAAGUAGGUACAAAUGGGAUAAAGUAUUAUUUUUCUUGCCAAAAGGGCAGCUUGUACGUUUUUAUUUACAAAGAUAUUGUAAGGUGUAAGAAUAGAACCAUAUAGUUUUGUAGGCUUGAAACUGAGGUGUGGAGAUCCUGUUGGCUCUAUCCUAGAAUAAAGCAACGGAAGUCUUUUGUUAGUUUGGCUGUGAUUUGAAAAGGUGCGUCUCUGGGGCCCUGCUGGUGCAUGGCACUAAAAGGUGUUGAGCAGGCCGAGAAGUUUAUUGGUUUCCAGCUUAGUUAUAAUGGCAAAGUGGUUCAAAGAGUUCCCCAUCAAUCUGAAGAAUGGUACCGACAGGAUCCGAUCAGCUUCAGAAUCAGGCUCACAACCAAGAGCCAACAAAACCGGGCUGGUGGCAAGCAUUGGUACCAAAACAACAGGCUCCAAAACGGGCCAUCGUAAGAACUCCUCUUCUGGCAGCACAGGAGGAGGAGGUGGAGGAGUGGGGUCUCUCCUGUCCGGGAGAAACCGAAAAAACUCAGCCAUAGAGUUGAGUAGAAGCGCUGCCAGCACCCCGGUGAAAGAUGGAAAAGUGUGGGACAACCUGCUGUCUGGGAAGAGUCGUAAAAACUCCAAAGCGGAGCCAGUGUUUGAGGAGCAGCAGCAGCACCGACCUCUGAAGAGUUCUCCAUCUGCUAACUCUUACAUCAACCGGCUGAUCAGGGUGGACAAACAGGACAAAAGCCCAAACUUCAACAGCAGCACCAUCACCAACCAAGUACCUGAAACAGAGAAACUACUGCAGUGCAAGACAGAAACUUUGAUCAUCCUUGAAGAUUACGCAGAUCCCUUUGAUGCUCAGAAGACCAGGGAGCAAAGAGAAGCAGAGAGGGUUGGUGAGAACGAUGGUUACAUGGAGCCUUAUGAUGCCCAGCAGAUGAUCACAGAGAUCAGACGUCGGGGGUCCAAGGACCUGCUGAAGGUGUGUGUGCUGAUGGAGGCGAGUGAGGGAACAGUGGAGGAAGGCCAGCCUGCACCUUUACAGAUAUACGACAUCCCGUAUGAGGGUAGCGGAGACGGUGACAGGCCGGGAGUUACGCAGCCUGAGCUGGAUCCUCGUCCGUCUGCUGAGUACGAGCUGCCCUGGGAGUGGAAGAAAGAGCAGAUUGUUAGAACGCUUUCAGCACAGUUUGACAGUCCUGAACGACCAACCAAAGAUGACACACCUCACCCCACACUCAACAGGAAGCCUCAACAUCCGCCAGCCCAGCCACAGCAGCAGAAUCAGCAUCAGCAUCUGAGGCAGAAAAGCUGGACUCAGAAGAUCCUGCGCUCCUCUCCUCCAACCCUGUUGCCAUCCUGCUCCCCUGGCGCCAACAUGGAAGCGGAGGCUUGCUUUGUUGACCCCUCCCUGCCCCUCGAAAAACAGAGCUGGUACCACGGCUGUGUGACUCGCCAGGAGGCGGAGUCUCAGCUACAGUCCUGCAAAGAGGCCAGCUUCCUGGUAAGGAACAGCGAGUCGGACAACAGCAAGUACUCCAUCGCCCUCAAGACGAGCCAAGGCUGUGUUCACAUCAUCGUGGCUCAGACCAAAGAGAACGGCUACACCCUGGACCAGAGCAGCUGCGUGUUUCCCAGCAUCCCAGAGGUGGUGCACCACUACUGCACCCAGCGUCUGCCUUUCAAUGGCGCCGAGCACAUGACCCUGCUGCACCCAGUGCCUCGCAUACACUGACUCCACCCCAACCCAGCUUAGGUAUACAAAUCAAACACACCUCUGGGGACCCACAUGGACAAAAUGUUUAAAAAAAUAACUCACCUCUGAUCAAUGUGUACAUGUACUGCUCCUAUCAUUUCAGAAAGUCUCGCUGUAUAACUUGGCUGACCCUAUGGAUGUUUUAGUUUUCUAAUAUUUUUUUUAUUUUAGUUGGCAGGUCCCUCUGAGUUUAGAAACCCUGUAUCUCUUCUUCUGCUGUCUUUAUUUCCCUUUGAUGUGCGGCGGAUGCAAAUCAUCUAAGCUGCUGUUUUACAUGUGAACAAGAGGGACGCACAGCACAGCCAAGUAGAUCUAUUAAUGAUUAAAUCUGACUCGUACCAAGAUGAGAUAUUUUGGUAAUCCAAAGUGGCUCAGUCAGAAGCUCAAAGCAAAGAAACACAUUUUCUGGAUUAUUGCAGCCAUGCAGUGAGCGAGCCCACUUUUUCUUUGUUUUCAGCGACAUUUUAGCUCCUCUAAGAACAUGUCCUCCUUGGUUUAGAUGUUCAUGUUUCUCGAUUGUUGCUCAGUCAGAAGCUGCAUGUAAUAUUUGAGAUUUUCAAAAGGAAACUGAAGUAGAAAGUCCUUGAAUAUGUGGAAGCAAACUCUUGUAGCUCUCUUUCUCCCCCUGGUGGAUGUGCUGGUACACUGCACCAACGUGCCAAAACCCAAAUCCUUGUUUUCUUAAAAUGGAUAGUUGAUAAAAUCUACCCACGGUGGAUAUCACUCCUCUGAUCAAAUAUGAACAAAGACCUUCUUUUUAAUCCUUUAUGCUCACAGCGUUUUUCUUAUUUAUGCUCUUACACUUGUUAGUUGCCUGUAACCGCUGUCCCUUGAGGAUUUCCCUGUUGUACUGUGAAUGAGGGAGUUGUUUGUACUCAAUUAUCUGCACUGUGAAGAGCGAGUGAUUCAUCGUGAUGCAAUGUGCUUAAGAAAACAUGGAUUUACAAGAGUUAGGGCUCUUAUUGAUAAGAACUGAGACUUUUAUUCGUCUGUAGUUUUCUGGCAAACAAGCGACUUAUUUUGGCUAAUAUCUGUGAAAUAAACAUGAAAAUCAAUGGUAUCUGUGGUGAGAAAACAUUGUAGUAAGAUGUCUCGUAUAAAGCUUUAUUCACAGGUAUAUGUGUAAGGACAAAUAUACAAAUUAAGUAAACAAGACAUUUUUUGAUUAAAUAUUUGUAUUCAUAUAUUGUUCAUUUAUAUCCCCUGUUGCUAAAAAGUAAAGCUGUUCUCACUUAGAGUCUAAUGUUACCCCUGGUGCUAAGAAGUCCCAAACAUAUGAGACGCAUCUCUUAAACAAGAGAUCUGCUGGAAUCAUUGCAGCACAGCCUGUUAGCGAUCAGGAUGACAAUAAAUUAUGGUGAAAAUAAGAUUAGGCUUUUUUUUCUUAUAUUUUUUUGGAGGUCUGCCAUUCCCACGUCUCUUCACAGAUUUAAAGGAUGUCAGGUUGUAGUUUUUUGGCAGAGACCUGCAGAGACACACCUGUUUUUACAGUUUUUCCACCUUUGAUAUGUGAAGGCCUGCUGUUGAAACAUUGUAGAACAGAUUAAAAUGAAAGGUCCUGAAUCUCAAUAAGGGAGAUCCUCUGUGAGCUUCCUCCUGAUCUUAAUA